AUGCCUGAAGGCGUGACCGGCGCUGCCGGCGGCCAGGCCGGUGGCCAGCCGGAACAGCCACAGGAAGGUUCCACUUUCAGGAAGAUACUGCAGAUGGUGGCCAUGUGGGUAGCCAUGCAAUUCGUCAUGAAGCAGUUUUUCCCCGCCCAGAACGGUCCCAAGAUUACCACAGAUGCAAACGGCAAGAUGAUCGAGGUCCCUGCAAAUACGGGGAAGAUCCCUCCCUAUCAACUGCGUCCCUCGAAACUUGACGAAGGGGCUACCUACAACACUCUCCCGCAGCGCGUCGCUCCAAUUUGGCCCGAGCCGACUAAGGUCGACGUCGUCAUCACUGUUUCCGACUCGUUCAUCCCCACUCCGCUCUCGUCGGUAUCCAAGGACAUGGUUGUCUUCGAGGAGAAGGACUUUGGCAUUGGAAACUUCAGUGACAAACGUGCGCAUGAGGCUACCAUUGCAGUUCCCGAAGCUGUUCAGCGCAACGGAACCCUCUGGGGCCAUUUCUACGUCGGACUUCCAGGCAGUGUGUUAGACCCUGAGCAAAAGGGGUUCGAUCCGGCCACGGCAUACCAUUUCAUUUACCCGUUUACCCAGUACAUCCCGAAGAAGAAGGAGAAGAAACUCAAGAGCCUUUUGGGGAAGAAGGAUGAAGCAAAGCUGGACAUGGAGGAUGAGGAAGAGGAGGCCGAAUACUCGGGUCCAGUCGUUGGAAACUACUUUCACCCGAAUAUGAGCCUGUCCUUCGUACCCGGGAUGGGUGUCCUCAGCUUGGCACAAACUCAUGUCGCCAUACGCCAGUUCCUCAGCCUGGAGCCCACUGGCGCACGAGACGGGACUGGGCAGAACUCAUGGUAUUACCCGAUUCUCUUCGUCAACACCUUCUGGCAACUCAAGGCACACAUGACGCAAAUCAAUGAGACCGUCAAGACGCUUCCGAUACGUAUCGAUCUUAACAACCUUGCCCCCUGGAAGUUCCAAACCAUGGCUUCCAUCGAGCUGAGCGCACGGGAAUCGGCGCGCACGGCAGCGUACGGUGGUUCCUUGCCUGGGGGAGGCGAUGGCACCGAGAUCGAGAUGGUCAAGGAGAUUCUGCUUGACACUAACCCGAUCUUGCUGGCGAUCACCUCUGUGGUAACAGUUCUCCACUUGAUUUUUGAGACUCUUGCUUUCACCUCGGACGUGCAACACUAUCGCAAAAAGAAGGACAAUAUUGGAAUCUCUGUCCGCACCAUCCUUGCCAACGUGUUCAUGCAGGCUGUUAUCUUUUUGUAUCUGGUGGACAAUUCCCAGAACACAAGCUGGAUGAUUCUUGGCUCUCAGGGUGUCGGCAUUCUUAUUGAACUGUGGAAGGUUACAACUGUGGUCAACGUCCGAGUGCGUGCUGCACCUCCAGGAGCUCUGAUCCCAUACCGCAUCACUUUCGAGGACAAGCACAAGCUCAGUGAAACCGAGGAGAAAACCAAGGAGUACGACGAGAUCGCGUUCAAGUACAUGUACAUGGCCGGGGUCCCACUGCUGCUGGCUUAUGCCACGUACUCGGUUAUCUACGAAGAACACAAGUCCUGGUACUCGUUCAUCAUCACGACUCUGGUGGGGUCCGUGUACGCAUAUGGUUUCUUGAUGAUGGUUCCGGCGCUCUACAUCAACUACCGACUCAAGAGUGUGGCGCACAUGCCAGCCAAGGCCAUGACGUACAAGUUCCUCAAUACCUUUAUCGACGACUUGUUCGCAUUCACCAUCAAGAUGCCCAUUCUGCACCGACUGGCAACAUUCCGUGACGACAUCAUCUUCUUUGUGUAUCUUUAUCAAAGAUGGGCUUACCGCGUCGACUACACCCGUGUCAACGAAUUCGGCCAGGGUGGUGAAGAUGAUGCACCGGAGCAGGUCAAGAAGGACGAGGGCAAGUCUCUGCCCCCGGCUGUGCCUGACGUUGGCGAAAACGUGGCCGAUUCGGGCGUCGCCAAGGGAGCCACAGGUUCAGAUGCCCGUUCGGGCAAGGCGACCAAAAGAAAAUAA